UAUACUGUGUUGUCCAACAAUGCUAAAGCAUGCCCAAAGCAGUUAAGCGAAGCGGUCCGUUGACUUCGGCUGACGCUACUCAAAACUCUCAAGCGCCGACGCACGUUCUUAAAUUUGAACGAUCCAACGGCCUCCUUUACCCCUCGCCCACAUCUAAAUAUAAAAGCCUCUUCAGAUCCACGAAAUCUUCAUACCUCGCUGCCACACCAAAUCCCAGCUCUAUUUCCUCGCAUUUCAGCUUAAGGACUUGGAAAACAACGAGCUCUGCAGUCAUUUCGUAAACCAUAAAUACUUAUAUAGAUUUUGUUUUGAGAUAAAUAGUUGAUUAGAUCGUAGUGUUGUUGAACGACGGAGAUUGAUUGAUCGGGAAAGGAAUUGGAUGAUGGAUGUAGAAAGAUCUUCGCUAUGCAAUUGCGUGGUGAAUUUUUUACUGGAAGAAAAUUACUUGUUAACGGCAUUUGAAUUACUCCACGAGCUUCUCGACGAUGGCCGUGAUGCUCAAGCGAUUCGUCUCAAGGAGUUCUUCUCUGAUCCUUCUCAUUUUCCUCCCGAUCAAAUCUCCCGUUACAACUCUCUUCGAGUUUUAGAUCCUCAGAGUUUGCUAGAAGAGAAAGAAGCAAUUGAAGAAAAACUAGCGCUUUGUGAAUAUGAACUACGUUUAGCUCAAGAAGACAUUGUGAAACUCAAGACUGAGUUACAAAGAAAAGAAGAUCUCACUCAGGAUAAAUCGAGUGAACCAAGUGUAAGCAAUCAUGUAAAUCAUGCACCGGAAAUACAUCGGCAAAAGCGAGAUGCUCCCUUUUCUGAUUUAGGCCCAUUGAAAGCUAACGAGCGUAAAGAUCUAAAUUGUGCAGUAAAGGAAUAUUUGCUAGUUGCUGGAUAUCGACUAACUGCAAUGACAUUUUAUGAAGAGGUUACAGAUCAAAACCUAGAUGUUUGGGAAAAGUCACCAGCAUCUGUACCUGAUGCGUUACGCCAUUAUUAUUACCAGUACCUGUCUUCAACUUCAGAAGCUGCUGAGGAGAAAAUUUCUAUGAUUCGAGAAAAUGACUCGCUAAAAGAGGCAAAUGAGAGUUUAAAUCAUGAGAAAUUGUGCUUGAUGAAAAACAAAGAAUUGGCUGAAUGUCAAAUAAAUGCAUUAACAAAAUCCUUGGAAGCCACUCAGAAGGAUCUAAAGGACAAGGAAAAUCUGACACAAGAUCUGAAGCAAGCCUUGGAAAACCAAAGGAAGGAACUGAAUGAUUGUAGAGCUGAAAUCACAUCUCUGAAAAUGCACAUUGAAGGAUCUAGUUCUUUACAAAAUCCAGUGGCUGCUAAUCUUGACUCUACUCAGUCCCAGGCUAUAGAAAGUUACAAGGAAGAAAUAAAGUCUUUGCAGAUGGAAAUUGAAAGAUUAAAGGCUGAAAAAACAAAUAUUUCGGAUUUAGUUGAUUCCAGCUGUGGUGACAAAGAGUCAAUACAGACUGAAGAGAAAGUCGUGGAGAUGGAUGAAAAUAGAACUCAAAUCUCUCAUCAUAUUGAACCAGCAGAAGUUGUAGACAGCAACACGCUGGUAAUGCCAGUUCAAACAUUCGACAACAGCACUCCCAAGCCUGAAGAAAAUUUGCCAGAGUCAAUUAUGAAUCCUUCUAACAGUACUGAUGGUUUCCCAGAUGGUAGAAACCUAUCUCAACAAGAAGAGAAACCACCAUCAGAAGAUAGCAGGUUGCAUUUAAAUUCUGAAAACCUUGGCAGUGAACCUGUUCCUGAGAAUAUGGGUUUGGCGACUAUUCAAAUUCUUGCAGAUGCCUUGCCUAAGAUUGUACCAUAUGUUUUGAUCAAUCAUCGGGAGGAGCUUCUUCCGCUGAUAAUGUGUGCCAUCGAGAGGCAUCCAGAUAGCAGCACUCGAGAUUCAUUGACACACACACUCUUCAAUUUGAUUAAACGUCCAGAUGAGCAGCAAAGGCGAAUUAUAAUGGAUGCAUGUGUUAACCUUGCUAAAAAUGUGGGGGAGAUGAGAACAGAAACAGAAUUGCUUCCCCAGUGCUGGGAACAAAUAAAUCAUACAUAUGAGGAGCGUAGAUUGCUGGUUGCUCAAUCAUGUGGAGAGCUUGCUGAAUUUGUCCGACCUGAGAUUCGUGAUUCUCUUAUUCUAUCUAUUGUGCAACAACUAAUAGAAGAUCCUGCAACGGUUGUUCGAGAAGCUGCUGCACACAACCUGGCCUUGUUUCUCCCACUCUUUCCGCUUAUGGAUAAAUAUUUCAAGGUUGAGGAGUUGAUGUUCCAAUUGGCCUGUGAUCCAUCUGGAGUGGUGGUUGAAACAACACUAAAAGAACUACUUCCUGCAAUAAUAAAUUGGGGAAACAAGUUAGACCAUAUUUUGAGAGUUCUACUCUCUCAUAUCUUAGGCUCUGCUCAGCGUUGCCCACCUCUUUCUGGUGUUGAAGGGUCUGCGGAGUCCCACCUUCGUGUUUUAGGUGAACAAGAGCGUUGGAAUCUUGAUGUUUCAUUAAGAAUGCUGGCUAAAUUGCUUCCUUUUAUUCAUCAGAAAGCAAUUGAGACUUGCCCAUUUUCCUCUGUUUCGGACUCAAAUGGGACAUUGUUGUCCAGCUCCAUACUUGAACUGUAUGCAGGGGGACAUGUUGAAUGGCCUGCAUUUGAAUGGGUGCAUGUCGAUUGCUUUUCUGGUUUGCUACAGCUGGCUUGCUUGUUACCCCAGAAAGAAGAUAACUUAAGAAUCCGAAUGACAAAGUUUUUGUUGGCUGUUUCUGAAUGUUUUGGGGAUUCUUAUUUGAUACACAUAAUGCUGCCUGUAUUCUUGAUAGCAAUUGGGGAUGAUGCAGAUCUGACGUUUUUCCCUCCAAACAUUCAUUCAAGAAUCAAAGGUUUGAGACCAAGAACAGCUGUGGCAGAGAGACUUGCUAUUCUAGGGGUCCUACCACUUCUCUUGGCGGGUGUUCUAGGAUCUCCUGGUAAGCGUCAACAAUUAGCUGACUACUUGAGAAAGCUGCUACUGGAAGGUGCCACGAAGGAGAGUCGGUCUACAACACACAACAUGGAUAUUGUUAAUGCUGUCCGCUUCCUUUGCACAUUCGAAGAACAUCAUGGCAUGAUAUUCAAUAUCUUGUGGGAAAUGGUUGUAAGCUCCAAUAUAGAAAUGAAGAUCAGUGCUGCCAAUAUACUCAAAGUCAUUGUGCCGUAUAUUGAUGCAAAAGUGGCGUCUACACAUGUUCUCCCUGCCCUGAUUACUCUUGGCUCUGACCAAAACCUGAAUGUGAAGUAUGCAAGCAUAGAUGCAUUUGGAGCUGUGGCACAACAUUUUAAAAAUGAUAUGAUUGUUGAUAAAAUACGUGUUCAAAUGGAUGCUUUUCUUGAAGAUGGAUCCCUUGAAGCAACUAUUGCUGUGGUCCGUUCAUUAGUGGUAGCUGUUCCACAUACAACGGAGAGACUUAGGGAUUAUCUUUUGUCCAAGAUUUUCCAACUGACAAACACACCUGUUUCUUCAACGGAUGUGAUGCGUCGUCGGCAGAGAGCUAAUGCAUUUUGUGAAGCUAUUCGUGCUCUGGAUGCUACAGCAGAUCUUUCUGCAAAUAGCAUCCGUGAUUUCCUCCUCCCCACCAUACAGAACUUAUUAAAAGACCCCGAUGCACUAGAUCCGGCACACAAAGAAGCCCUUGAAAUAAUAUUGAAAGAACGGUCAGGUGGGACUUUUGAGGCUUUAAGUAAGGUGAUGGGAGCGCACCUCGGGAUUGCGUCGUCAGUGACUAGCUUUUUUGGUGAAGGUGGGCUGCUAGGCAAGAAAGAAAUUACGGAAUCACCAACUGAACCAGUUGAAGCUCUGCAGUCUGCAGCAUCACCAGCAGCGGCAGAGGAUACCAGAUUCAUGCGAAUCAUGAGGGUCACUGACAUGCUUAGAGGCAAAGGAAAGAACCCAGAAGAAACUCACCAGAACCAGUGAAAUCAAGUGAGACUGUUGUUUCCUAAUACCCUAGAUGGAAUGAAUAUAUCUAAUUUUUCAUGUUCAUAUGCGAAUACGAGAAUGCUAUGUUAGUAAAUGCUGAUAAUUCUUUUUCCUUGUAAUCAUUGCUUAAAGCAGUCACAAUCGCAGAGGAUUAUUGUUUUCAAAAGUUUGUUUGUAGCUAUUGCUAUCUCUAAAUUGCUGUAUUCUUAGGAUGAUUAUGUGGCUUGCAUUACAAUUACGAACUACAUUCCCUAGGGACUGAAACUAAGCUUUCCUUGCAAUUAAAGGACUUCUUAUAUUAUGUAAA